CAGGGGCAAGGGCAGGACAGCCAGCCACGGCGCCUGCUUUCCUUGUCCGUUGAGACUCAGGCCACCGAUCUUCCCUACCUACCACUAGGAGGUGGGGCAAGGAACCCAUGUUCCGGCCUCCUGCCCCUGAUUUCACUUGAAAAACAAAACUGAAACUAAAGCAGGGCCAGGUUUCCCGUCUUGAAGUCACAGAUGAGUCACUGCUAAGAGCAACUGCAGUGGCUGAGAAGUGGCACCAGAGAGGCAGACGUGAGACAAGGGCACAGGAGGCAAACCGGUGAAGCGCAGCUGAGCACCCCGCGAGGCAUGGCGAGCGGCUUGGAGGCGGUGGCCAUGGACUGCGAGAUGGUGGGGGUUGGGCCCCACCGGGAGAGCGGCCUGGCCCGGUGCAGCCUUGUCAACCACGACGGCUCAGUGCUGUAUGACAAGUUCAUCCGGCCUGAGGGGGAGAUCACCGACUACCGAACGCGCGUCAGCGGGAUCACACCCCAGCACAUGGACAGGGCUACGCCCUUCGCCGUGGCCAGGUGGGAGAUCCUGCAGCUCCUGAAAGACAAGCUGGUGGUGGGGCACGACCUGAAGCACGACUUCGCAGCCCUGAAGGAGAACAUGAGCAAGUACACCAUCUACGACACGGCCAUGGACAUGGUGUUGUGGGCCAAAGCCAAGGUCCUGCACUGCAGGCGCGUCUCCCUCCGCGUGCUCUGCGAGCGCCUCCUCGGGCGGAGCAUCCAGAACAGCCUGUCCGGACACAGCUCGGUGGAAGACGCCAGGGCAACCAUGGAGCUCUAUCAACUGUCCCGGAGGCUCCAGCGCUGCUGCUGAGGGCUGUGCACAGGGCGCAGCCAGGUCAGCUCGAUGCAGCCCCUUCUCCGGGGGCCAAAAGUCUUUGCUUCUUCAGGACAGGAACUCUCUCGCUUUUUGAAAAUGCAUCUUUAGCAGUAAAAUGCUUCUCUAUUUUCUCUAUGCCACCAUCAGUCCUCUUCUUGUCUCUUCCCUUCUUCUCUCUGA